GGACCUGGAGUGCUGCUUCAUUGCAGGAUUCUGAAGAUGAAAAACAGGACAAUAGCUGGCUUUUCUGUCACCAAAUGCUCUGCAUUUCAGUUUUUGAAAAAACGGGUGAGGAAAUGGAUCAGGAGCGCAAAGGUCAAUGUGGACAAGUAUCAGCACACACAUUUGAACAAUUCUGAUGCCUUUGUGAGGGCUACAACGCAAAAAGAUGCAGACCCACAGUUAAGAUGUCAGUCUACAUGUCAAGAAUGCCAUGUUUCUCAAGUAAUGGCUAUCAAGGUUGGAACUCGGGCAAAUAGCAGAAGCUUCAAAGUCAGAAGAUGGAAGAAGAGUGACAGAUUCAACCCAGAUGAAUUGCUGCCAAUAAAGACAGACAAAUCAGAUUCCUGUGCAUCUCAAAUGGGCAAAGUCCCUAAAUUAGCAGCUCAAUCAUCCAUAAUCGAAUGCCACUGUUGCCAAACGAAUAUAACUCAUAAAUCUGAUGGAUCACGGCAAACCCGAAAGAACUCCAAGGCAAAGAAGCAGUGUCCAGAUGAACCUCCGAAACAUCCCUCAGAGAAACUCUUCACAAGCAACUGUAACCCAGCUUUUAUGAAACAAAGGCGAAUGGGACUGAACGAUCUCAUCCAGAAAAUAGCAGCUUCUCAGUCCUACGCCUGUAAACACACAGAAGUGCCAGCCAUGUUACACGUCACUCCUAAAGAAACCGAAGCGAAUGGGGACAGCGCGUCUCCUCCGCCCAGCCCAAUGUCAGCCCAGAUCAACCUUGGUCCUUCCUCUAACCCCCAGGCAAAGCCAAGUGACUUCAACUUUCUAAAGGUGAUUGGAAAAGGAAGUUUUGGAAAGGUUCUCCUAGCGAAACACAAGUCUGAUGACCAGUUUUAUGCUGUGAAAGUCUUGCAGAAAAAGGCAAUUUUGAAGAAGAAAGAGGAGAAACACAUUAUGUCGGAGCGCAAUGUUCUGCUAAAGAACGUGAAGCACCCUUUCUUAGUGGGGCUGUACUAUUCAUUCCAGACAGCUGAUAAACUCUACUUUGUCCUGGAUUACAUAAACGGAGGCGAGUUGUUUUACCACCUCCAGCGUGAGCGAUGUUUCCUGGAACCAAGAGCAAGGUUUUAUGCUGCUGAGAUUGCCAGUGCUCUGGGUUACCUCCAUUCUCUUAACAUUGUUUACAGAGAUUUAAAGCCUGAGAAUAUUUUACUUGAUCGCCAAGGACACAUUGUUCUGACUGAUUUUGGUCUAUGCAAAGAGAACAUUGAAUCAAAUGGCACAACAUGCACUUUCUGUGGCACACCUGAGUACUUGGCCCCUGAGGUUUUACACAAGCAACCCUAUGACCGAACAGUUGACUGGUGGUGCCUGGGUGCGGUUCUCUAUGAGAUGUUGUAUGGCUUGCCGCCAUUCUAUAGCAGAAACACGGCUGAGAUGUAUGAUAAUAUUCUGAACAAGCCACUACUUUUGAAACCGAAUAUUUCCAAUGCUGCUAGGGACCUGCUGGAGGGCUUGCUGCAAAAAGACCGAACAAAGCGUCUGGGUGCGAAGGCAGACUUUCUGGAUAUCAAGGCCCACAUCUUCUUUUCUCCGAUAAACUGGGUUGAUUUAAAUGCCAAGAAGCUUACGCCUCCAUUUAAUCCUAAUGUGAGUGGACCUUCUGACCUGCAGCACUUUGAUCCAGAGUUCACAGAGGAACCAGUUCCAAACUCCAUUGGUAGAUCACCUGAUAAUGCUCUGAUUACUGCCAGUGUUAAGGAAGCAUCAGAAGCUUUCCUGGGAUUUUCAUAUGCUCCACCGCUCGACUCCUUCCUGUAGUGAAUCAUCACAUUGAAUCGCCUGAUGGGGUUCACCUUAACUGAGCUCGAAGCUCAGUUACCAAGAAAUGGAACUUAGCUUGGAAGGAAAGUUACACAUCUCAUUGGCAGCUGCCUGGCCUUCUAUUCCAUUUCUGAGAUGAUUCUGAAAUGUUCAAGGAGCAUUUGUUGCCAUGUGGAUCUUGGAAGGUGGCUUCAACGUGCCGUGUGGCUACACACCAGAAAAAAAAUCCAUUAAUCAACGGGAUAGAGAGAGAACUUUUGUCACCCAUCCAUCAUUUCAAGAUCUUUUUAUUUAAACCUGACUUGAAAACAAUGAUUGCCUGAAGUCUGUUUCAGUACACGUGCCUUUUGCAGUCAGCAAGUCCGAAGGCAUUGGAGUGGUCAUGUUCAAGGGUUGUGACACAGUAUAUAGAAAUGUGAACAAUGGUGCAAGUAUGGUUCAGUCUGGGCCAUGGGCCUAAUGAUUUCUGUGGUUUAAACAUUGACUUGAGGGAUUUUUAUCGACACAGCAGAUCCUGCACAAUGGGGUAUAUUCAUCACAUCCGCACAAGGAAGACAAAAUGUUGUGUCGCAAUGCUGUCUCUAUUUAACUUAACAUCUCCACCCAUACAAAUAUACACAAUUAAUCUCUAAAAUAGUUUACUACAAUAUGCUUGAGGCAUUGCUGCUAUAGGUAGAACUAUAAAUUGUUUCUAGGACCAAAAUGCCCCAUUGUGCUGUCUGUCUUAACUUCCAACUGGCUUCUAUGUGCUAGUAACCUUGUAUGUAUAAAGUAACUUCAUUAUUGUCUCUAACAUUCCAGAUUUUAAUGGUUAUCCCAUUUCAGCUGUGCAUAUGUAAGGAAAUCUGUACGUUGUGAUCUGUUGUUGCACUAGUUUUAAUGUGUAUAUUUAAGACAUUACCAGUAAUGUAAAUGAUUUUUCUGUAAAAUAGAUUGUAAUUUUAAUUUGUUUUGAAAUGUACACAUUCCUGAACUAAGGUUGAGUUUGCAAUAAAUGUGAAACUAUUUUAAAAAUA